CAUACAUCCACUCUACAUGUUCACCAACCCUCAAUACUUCUGUGCAUGUCAUUACUCCCGUCUACCCAAGUCUGUACCGUGAAUAAUAAAUGAAACUACACGGAGAUUUCGCAAAUUGUGCUCGAACAAAACCUGAAAUACUAACCAUACAUAACUACAUACUCGAGACAUGAAUACGCUUCAAUCCAUCGAUUUUAAAACCCAGAGCUUGUGUUGACAACCUGGAAUUUUGCCGGUGCGGAACGCUUUUUGUUUUCGAUCAUUCAAUUUGUUUCCUUUUGCCAACUAGUGGCGGGAAAGCAGCGGAGCAGAAUGGAACAAAUUUCUUAUCCAGUACGUAUGGUAUCCGUCGCCUGUUUCUUGUGGACUAUCCUUAACCCAACGCCAUCAUGCCGAGCCUUGGCGGACCCGCUGACAAAUCCGUCGAAGCUGCUUUAUCAGAAGUUAAUGGAUGACUACGGUUCUCCGGCUAUCCGACCUGUCGUUAACCUAUCACAUCCAACCGUAGGCUCUCACCGGCUUCUCAUCUCACAAAUAAUCGAUUUUGAUGAGCCACUACAAACAUUAACGUUGAGUUCCUGGCAACGUAUGGAUUGGAGAGAUGAAUUCUUGGUAUGGGAUCCAAAGAACUAUUCUGACGUCACAAAGUUAGAGAUUCCCGAAGCGAUAAUUUGGAAGCCCGAUAUCCAACUAUAUGAAAACGUCAACAAGGAAUUCCUUCGAUUGUCAGAGACGAAGCUUCUGGUAGAUCACGAGGGCUAUGUGACGUGGUACGCGCCGAUGAUCUCGACAAGUUCCUGCCGUGUUAAUGUCAGGUACUUCCCCUUCGACACCCAGAAGUGCAACCUCUCCUUCAGCUCCUGGGUGUACACCAUGGACCAAAUGAAGCUGUACCUCUCCAACAAAACGGAAGCUACUCAGAAUAUUUUCAUGGGUAAUGGCGUCUGGAACCUGGCCAAGGUACUCCGGACGCAGAAGUUCCACAAAUACGACUGCUGUCCAGCCCAAUAUAUGUCGGUCGUCUACACCAUUGUGCUAACUCGGACCUAUGCCUUCUAUCUCUUCAACAUGAUCAUCCCAAGUAUUACCCUCUGUUUGACCAACACCCUGGUGUACCUUAUUCCUCCGGAGUCGGGUGAGAAGGUCCAGUUUGCCGUCAGCAACCUCCUGGCCUCCAUCUUGUUCCAGCAGCUCAUAGCCACCACCAUGCCGCCCUUGGGUGAUGAGCUCCCGCUGUUAGGAAUCUUCUUUCUCUUCAUGGUAAUGUGCAGCUGUUUCUCGAUCGCCUUCAGUAUUCUCAGCUUGCAACUCUACAACAAGAAAGGCGAGAAGCCGGUUCCCGCUUGCUUACGAAAGCUCAUUCUCCUCUCGCAUCCAGUCGCGCAUCGCAGACUCCUGCACCGCGUCAGCACCAUGCGCGCGAUGCGCUUAUCCCACAACGGCCAAUCAGAACACAAGAGCGAUAACACGUCAUCGGCGUCGAAAGAAGAUGCGGACGUGGAGGAGACCCAGAUUAAUAAGUCGGAUGUCGACAAUGAGAAUAAUGCUGAACUGGAGAGUCAGACAAAGACAAAAGAGAAAAGAACACUUCAGUCUAAUGGGAGAAGGCGUCAGUCUGCUAGUUUCAAGCGGGAUGUAGUCAUUGAGGAAUGGAGGCUUUUAGCGAGGGUGGUCGACAAAAUGGUAUUCACGCUUGUCCUUAUUCUUACCUGUGCCGUUUUGUUGUCGCUUAUACUCGAAUUUCUGAAUAAAAAAGAAUAAAGCUGCAACCAAAUAUUGAAUUGACGACAAGAAGAUGAGGUAUCAGUCAACAAUCAUCAUCAUCAUCAUCGCCAUCGUUUAGCGUGUGGUUGGACGUCACACUUCCCUGAUGGCCCUUCUCCAAACCUUCUGGUCUUCAGCAUCCGCACGGAUGGGGCCAGUUACUCUCAAGACUUCUUCUAGUGUCUCCUUCCAGGUCUACCGAGGUCUGCCAAUGGGUUUUGAUCCCGCAACCUGGAUUUUGAUUGCUCUCUGAAGCUAAUGGCUUUCCUUUCUCCUAAACACAUGGCCAUACCAUCUCAACAACUAGCUACCUUAUGCAUGUUGCACACAAAGCGCCCUUUGCUGAGGCAGAACUGCGUCAGUCAGCGGCUGGCACAUACUUUAGAUGCGCCACGUGAGAGUGAGUGAGCUGAGAUCGCACACAAUGUGUAUGCAAAAUGAACAGUGCAAAGGCUUACCGAUGCAAACAAUGAUUCACAAUGAUUGCCUCUCUGAGCUCAAUUAGCGCAGUUGAUAACGCAAUCGAAGAAAGAAGUUUUAAUUGAGCGCGCCAGUCACGGGACAUUCAACAUUCCUGUUUAUCUAGAUAUAGACAACGACUCUAUAAGAACAGACGCAUUCUUUUUUCACAGGUCUAAUUUACUCAAUCUACAGAUAUUUAUUAGCUCAUAUCAAUAGCAUGGCCUUACGUUGAUAUUUUCCUUUAACCAUGAUAAACUGUGGAAUGUUUUCGUUUUCAAAGAAGAUAUCAACUGACGCAUUGUUGUACAUCACCUGAAAUGUUGGUGUAGGACCUUCUCCGCUCGCGUCAAUACAUUGCGGCUGUGCAAACGGAUUACGUCUGUACCUUCAUUUACAUCAAAGCUCGAAUUACGUGUAGUUAUUUGUUUCAUCAUAUUUUUGUUGUUCUCAGACAUUCAUCGCUUGCAAUUUUGUGCAAAAUCAGGUCGCGUUUCACCAAAACAGCCACUUGUCUUUCACGCUCCGUGGAAGCCAAGAUCAAGUAUAAAAAUGCAUUAUCCAUACACAAAUAAUCUCAACCAGCAGUCUAGGCUCUCAAAAUGUAAGUUUCUCUCUUUUAGGCCCCGCUCCUAUUUUUUAGAUCCACGUACCGCCACUUUUAACCGUAACAUCACUUGAAUAGUAAUGCUAUCAUUACUAUAUUAUUAGGAGUUCUUGGCAGGGGCGGCACGGGACUGCACUCCUCCCCCGUUCGAAUGGUAGAACUGUCAAUAUUCUCUGGAAUACAUUUCUUCAAGCCCAGCUUUUAAAGAGGUUCACUUUUCAUUACUGUAGGUAAUGAUUUACAGCACACUCUUUCAUGUCAUUAAUUAGAAUGAUGCAGGAUUAACCCAUUGGCUACUGAAUUAUCUAAGGGUGCGUUUGAGCUCAAUUUUGAAGGCAGAAUGAGCGAUUUGAAACGCACAUCGUAAACACUCAUCGUAAUCGCAGUUCCACGGUGUACUGUUUAUGCUCACUUCUGUGGCUCCUCCAGGUAAUUCUCUCUGGGUGGCCUUAAUUGGCCUUGCAGCUGGAUUCGCAAACCUUCACUGUGCAUGCUACGUAGACCCUACUAGAGGUCAGUGCGUUGACCCCAUUUAAA